AUGGGACUCAUCGUCUCCAGCGGCGAGGCUGGGAAGCUGACAGCAGGACCAGCAGAAAAACCUCCGGGAUGGUUCUUGGGUGUAGGUGCAGCCAGACUCACCUCGGAAGCCGCCACGUCACGCCUCGGCCCCGCACCCCCCCGGGAUUCCCCGGGGCAGAGGAGGAAGCGCCUGCUCAUCCCGCGGGCAGGAGAGGUGCUCCCUUACCUCUCCGGGAAGCUCUGCGAGAGUCAGCCCAGGCAGGCAAAUCGCUCCUCGCCCUCUCGUCCCUCCCGGGAUGGACAGAGCCGUAGCGGGGCUGCCGAGCCACAAGCCACCGAGAAGAUGCUGGCUUCGCCCGUCCAUCCGCUCCUCUGGCUGCUGGGCUGCACGCUCGUCCGAGGUCAACCCCAGUCAACAACACACAGCCCUGAAGUAAAGAACCAUACCUCAGAGCCUGCAGUAAAAGCAACACCACCAACCAACUUGAAUCUCACCUCUGCAGGUCAAGCUACUACAGCCAAAUCCUCUUCCGUCGCUACAACACUGCUAGCGUUGACUGCGCAAGAUGAGAAGUCUAAUGGAAGCAGAAGCACAGCAGCUUCACCACCACAAGGUCAAGAGCCCAAGAGAAGUGAGAGUACCACAACACCAGCAACUCAAGGCACUUCAAAGCCAGUUACCCCAACACUGAUGUCCUCUGGCUACUUGCCUGUGCCCACUCCGACAGACGAUAAAUCACCGCUGACGGUGGCAGCUUUUGGUGUCAUCAGCUUCAUAGUUAUCCUGAUAGUGGUUGUGAUCAUUCUGGUCAGCGUGGUCAGCCUGAGGUUCAAGUGUAACCGCUCAAAGGACUCAGAAGACAAACAGAAACCGGGGUCCUCCAUGGUAUCAGAGAGCUGCUCAGCAGGCACAAGCCAGAACAGCAUCACUCUGAUCUCCAUGAAGAACAUCAACAUGAACAACAGCAUGAGUUACCCACCAUCAGAAAAGGUUUCCCUUUUAAGCCUCACUUUUUUAGAGUUAGCUGGGGAUUAUUUAUCUUGCUGGAUAAGACCAUGCCUUUGAGUUAUCUCUUUGCUAUCAAAUUCCUUCAGAAAGAUAAUAAAAACCAGCUGCCAUGAAACUCCUAAAGGUCCAGAGUGGUUGCAGUGAGCCUGGUGAAACGUUUAGAUGCCCAUGUCGGGUUUACCCAAGCUGCCUGACCUCAAGGCUCAAGGCACCAUGCAUACCUCACAUGUGUAGGUGCCAUCACCUAGGGCCACCCAUCAGACCUACAGUGGUUUGUCAUUAAAUGAAGAGGUAAAUAAGCUAGACUUUGUGAGGUGAAGGUCUCGCCCUCUAGUCCAAGCUU